AAGGAAGCCGAACCAAUUAUUUAUAUAUAUAUAUAUAUAUAUAUAUAUAUAUAUAUAUAUAUAUAUAUAUAUAUAGCAUGGCCCUACUGACAAAUGAUACGUGCGAAGUUGAAUCCAAAGAUGAAGACGUAGUUUCUCCAUGCGGACAAACUAAAACUUCCACCGUCAGAGAUUUAACCCAGGAGGAGCUGGACAGACUGAGCAGUGAGAGGACUCUUGUAUCCGAGUUCAAACAGACGAAGUUGGAGACAGAAGCUCAGAAAAACUGGGACUUGUUUUACAAAAGAAACACGACGAAUUUCUUUAAGGACAGACACUGGACCACCAGAGAAUUUGAUGAGCUCAAAUCAUGUCGAGAGUUCGAGUCCCAGAAGCUGGUUCUGCUGGAGGCUGGCUGUGGGGUUGGAAACUGCAUCUUCCCUCUACUGGAGGAUGACCUCAACAUCUUUGUCUACGCCUGUGAUUUCUCACCUCGGGCGGUUGAAUUUGUGAAAAAAAACCCUCUUUACUGCCCUGAGCGCUGCUGUGCCUUCCAGUGUGACUUAACAAAAGAUGAUUUGUUGGAAAAUGUGCCAGAAAGCAGCGUGGAUGUUGUUACUCUCAUAUUUGUCCUGUCGGCUGUCCAUCCUGAUAAGAUGAAGCUGGUUUUGGAGAACGUCAGCAAGGUGCUGAAGCCUGGUGGCAUCAUCCUGUUCAGAGAUUAUGGCCUUUAUGACCACGCCAUGCUCCGGUUUAAAUCUGGCAGCAAGCUGGGGGAGAACUUCUAUGUGCGCCAGGAUGGAACAAGGUCUUACUUCUUCUCCAAAGAGUUUCUGGCUGAGCUGUUUGAGGAGGCAGGCUUUGAAUCUGUUGCCAAUGAAUACGUCUUGAGAGAAACGGUCAACAAGAAGGAGGGUCUUUGUGUUCCGAGGGUCUUUCUUCAGAGCAAGUUCACCAAGACUGCACAUUCACAGAGCUGCUGAUGCCACUUGACCUUUACAUCUCCCACGUAUAUAAAGAUGCGACGCAACAGAUGACUAAGAUGGGACUGGACGGACAAAAAUUUAAGCUUUGUCUUUUGGAAGCUAAAGUAGGACCAGAAGGCAACACGUGCUUUGUGUUAGUUUCUGAUUGUGUAGAAGACAAACUGGGUAAUGCAUAUUUUAUCAUGAAAUCUGCACUCUUUUCCCAGCAGGAAAAUGGUUUUGCUUGUACAAGCUGUCAAACUUCUCUUUUGUAAACAAGCAGGUAUUUUGAAUAUAGCACAGUAAAUGUUUUGCAUCUUGUUGGUCUGUAGAUAUGGACUUCAAAGGAGAAUAUUAAGGUUAUGUGUUUAUACGAUUUUUAAAAAAUACUUAUUUCCUACCAUAACUUAUUUUUUUAUUUUGAACCAAAAUCAUAUUAAACAUCGUUGUGUCAUAUCGAUCACAUUUAAAACCAAGCGAAUGCUUCAGCUUCUUGCUUUUGAAA